AUGUCGGCCACCGUCAAUAGGCCGACGGACGUCAAGCAGAAGCAGGAAGACGUUAAUCGAAAGCUGCAGUUCUACGGCAUCGCCACGGCGUUCCAGAAUGGCAAGGUCCCAUCGAACGACCAGAUUGAUAUCGCCCUCAACAGCUUCCUGGCGUCCAGCCCAAUCGCCUCCCCCUCCAAGAAGCUCUCGGCCGAGGGCCAAGCCUUGGUCGCUGACUUCCGCGCUGUCGUCAAGCAAGCUCAGUACAUGCUCCUAACCAAGAAUGAUGGAAACAUCCUCCAAGACUUCAUCUGGCAAUGCCAGAAACUCGGCAGCAGCAGUAAUUACACCCUCCCAGGCGCCCCCGUCGAUAAGGAUCGUGCCAAGCAACACGGCAACGAGGCUCUGGAGGGUCUGCGUACGCUCGGCACCUUGAUCAUCUCCAACGGUCAAUUCCGCAAGCUUUUGAACGACGCAACCAUCCUCAUCCGUGAUAUUGCCGGCGAUGCGGCCCAAAAGACCGCCAACAAGGUCAACCCCAACGAGGACGACCUGGCUCAGAUCGAUCGCCCUGCCGACGACAACACUUGGCACGAUGUCCCCGACCUGUCUGCGGGCAAGCUCAAGAAGCAGGUCAAGUCGACGUACAGCAAGCAGACUCCUCUCCACCAAAACGACCUGAAGGCCGCUGCUGGAAAUGCCAGCGAAGCUGCGCACCCAGAUGGCUCUCGCAAUCCGGCCGACGCUGCUGCGCUCGCCCAUCAGGACCAGCGCCAAGGGACCAGCGCCGGCGUGGAUGGUCGCGCGGGUGCCGAAAACGCCGCCGCCACCCUGAAGCAGCGUGCCUCAGAGAACGUGCCAGAGGACACCAAGAACAAGGGCCGCGAGACCCGUGAUCGCACCAAGGACUACCUAUCUAAUAAGAUGCCCAAGGAGCGCCGGGAGCAGACCAUCUGGCGUCUCAAGAAACUCGUGGUCGAGGUUCAAGGCCACCCCGAUUACCUCUCGGCGAUCGAGACUCUGCUCAGCCUGGCCGAGACGUAUGCGGGCCACGCCACCACCGUCGGCAAUCAUGCGACGGGUGCUGUCAAGGGGGCCCGUUCUGACGACUCGCUGAAGACCGCCGAGGCCGAUCUUCUCUUGCUUAUCGAAAGAUGGGCCAAUGGAACUUCGUCCAAGGACCUCUUCGAGUCUAUCAACAACAUCUACACUGAUGCGGACCAAGACCCCGAGCUGAAGUCGUGGUUCAAGAAGAUUGAUGCGUAUGUUCGAAAAUGCCUCAAGCAACAAGGAUACAUCAUGGAGGAUGCGGCGACGGAAGAGUGGAACGAGCUGUACGACCGUGGCGACUUCCUGCUUCGCGACCGGUACCGCAACCACACGGACCGCAUCGUUGAUGAGUUCAAGUUCUUGGGUGAUCAAUUCGACCAAGACCCCGUGAACAAGAAGUUCGCCGCUUCGGUCCAGAAGCUGUUCACGGAUCUGGGUAACGAUCAGAACGGCAAGCCCACCUUCAAGCCCCAUCUUGUCAAGGACUUGACAGAGGUCAUCCUCCCAGGAAUCUUCGAGUCGAUUCGCUACGUCCCAAUUCCCAGAAUUGAAUUCUCGGACCCUACCACGGAUGCGAUCGUCGAGAACUUGGUCAUCGAGAGUGAUAACAUGACGCCCAAUGUGUUCGAGGUUGCGAAUGACAACUACUUCCAAUGGAACCGAAAGAACCCCGCCAAAUCGAACAGUCAUUCCGUCAUGGUGUCUAUUUCCGGUGUUCAGAUGGAUCUCCGCGACGUCUCAUUCCACGUCAAGAAGAAGCAGGGGUUCUCCUUCUCGGACACGGGAGUGGCAGAUAUCUUCCUCGGUGGCACCGGUCUCAGCUUCAAGAUGAAGAUGUCAACUGCUGCGAAGAAGGAUCGUCAAAACUUCUUCAAGGUUGACAAGGUUGAUGUCGACGUCAAAAACUUCAAUAUCAAGCUGAAGGAAUCCAAGCACAAGAUCCUUUUCAAAAUCGGAAAGCCUUUGAUGCUGAAGGUCAUCCGCCCUGCGCUGCAGAAGGCCCUGGAGAAGCUCAUCAAGGACAAAUUCAAUGAGCUUGAUGCGCUUGCGUACAAGGUGAAGCUGGAGGCCGACCGUGCCAUCCAAGAGGCCAAGGAGGAUCCUGAGAGCGCUCCCAACAUCUACCAACGCUACGCCAGUGCUGUUCAGAAGCAGCUCCUGCAGGGAAAGCAGAAGGCCGAUGCGGUUGCCUCUCAGACCAAGGUCAACGUCGCCAUGACCAAGCACGAUUCCAUCUUCCCAGACAUCACCUUGCCGGGCGGUAUCUCCUCCAAGGCUACUGAGUACAAGGAGCUUGGCCAGUCAGGCGAAGCAUGGAGAUCUCCGAUCUUCAAGCUGGGAUCCGCCUCCGCCUCAACUAACAUUCCAGGUGCCCCAACUGUCCAGCGUAAGGAGCACUCGGUCACUGGAGGUGGCGUUCGCGGUCCGCAAAAUGUUGGCAACACUGAUUCCAUGACCAACCAAGUUUAUGACCCAUCGGCCCAGGCCGCUGCUCAGACCCACGGAUCAGCCAAUACCACUUUCAGCUCACAGGUGGACCAGGCUCUCAAUGGUAGCGGCCACAACAACGGCCACGGCGUCAAGCCCGCCAACGGCAGCACCACUCUUGGAUUCAGCAACCCUGUCCUGACCGGCAGCGCCUAA